CAUCUAGCAGCUCUUCUACUCAAUUCAACACCGGAAGAUAUUGCAUACUACAAGGAAAUUAAACUAACUCGACAUCAAACCCUGAAGCAUUCACAAGGUAACAGGAUUCAAGCAGCUUCAUACACAGCACAGCAAGUAGCGGUGACGUCAUCAGCUGCAGCCGCAACCGCUCUCCCUCUGAGUACCACGCUGCUGUUCAUAACAAACGGACAAGUAACAAUUCCUGUGUUCUCAGAAUUAAAAUGCCGGUGUCCUGUGCAGCUUUCGGAUGCAAAUCAAGGUAUACUCUGCAGGCAAGAGAAAAGGGAAUAACAUUUCACAGAUUUCCAAGAUCUAAUCCUGUCUUGCUGGAAAAAUGGAGGAUUGCUAUGAAGAGGGCGACAAGCACUGGAGAGCUCUGGAUGCCUUCCCGAUACCAGAGACUCUGUAGCCUUCAUUUUAAAGAGAGCUGCUUUGACACCACUGGGCAAACAAAGAGGCUGAGGGGCGAUGUUAUUCCUAGCAUCUUUAAUUUUCCAGAGCACAUGCAGUUCAAGACAGAGGUCUCUAAUAACCCCCCUCAAGAAACAUCAGAAGCCACCACAGUUAAUGAUCCUGUAAUGCCUGUAGUGGAGAUCACAGAACCCCCUAUGGAAUGGGCGGAACCAGCUGAGAAGGACAACGUCAGCAGUCAGGUGCAGCUCCAGGAUCAUCUUUAUUUUAUCCCUGAUGUUGAAACGUUGAAGAGAAAGCUGCAAGCUUCAGAAGAUUCAAGGGCUCAAAAAGAAAAAGAGCUAAGAAACGCAAAAGACAGAGAGAAACGCUUGCGGCAGACUUGCCCAAGCAUCUAUCAGGAACUUGGCAAGAAAAACUUACUCACUCCACAACUCCACCAAAGGCUGUUACCAUAUGGAGACAUUCCUUUGGAACUAUUCAAAAAACUAGAAUCUGAGUACUCUGCACAGCAAAGGAUGUUUGCUUUGACUUUACAUUUGUAUGAUGCUCAAGCCUACAAAUACCUGCGGAAUGAAGUUAAGCUGCCGCUGCCAGGGUCAAGAAAGAUGCGCCAGUGGCUCAAGUCAGAUUGUGUGAAGCCGGGAAUAAAUACUUUAGUCCUGGAAGCGUUACUGAACAAGAGGCAAGAGCACCCUCAGUUGUACACCAGAGUAUGUCUUGUAAUAGACACCAUACCCAUUAAAAAACACAUCACUUUUGAUUCCCAUCAGAACGAGUUGAUUGGGUUUGUAAAUUUAGGAAAUGGUGCAGAUGUCAGCAGCAGUCGAGAGGUCGCCAAUGAAGCUCUGGUGAUGAUGUUGGUUGGCACAGCUGGUGACUGGAAAGCCCCCAUUACUUAUUUCCUUACAAGAGAAUUAACGUCAGGUGCACAGAAGCAGCUUUUAUUGCACGUGUUGCAUGAACUUUGUGAUAAUGGCUUUGAGAUCGUUGCUGUCGCAAUGGAAAGACAGUUACGGAAUGAAGAGAUGUGCACUCUGCUUGGCUGUAAGAUUGAAGAUCCCCGGCUGCUACAGACAUACUUCUGUUUGCCAGACAGUGAGAACAAGCAUUUUAUUUUGUUUGAUGUCACCACUGAGCGACAUCUGAUAUCUGACAUGCUAGAGGUCUCUGGGACCAUACAGGGACCUGAUGGAGGAAUAAUGAGACAGUAUGUUGAUGACCUUAUGAGUUUGCAUAAAACUGCAGUAAUACAGGCAGCAGGUCGCUGCCACCUUACAGAAGUGUUUAAUCAGAUGAUGAAGGCUGAGUUGAUGGUGAACACAUUAAAUAAUUCGGUUGCAAAUUUUUUAAGUAUACUGCAAGAAUUAAAAUGUGACAAGUUUGUUGAUGCUACAGCUACAAUAUCCUUCAUUCAGAUUAUGGAUAGAUUAUUUGAUAUUUUAUCUAGCAAAUGUCAAAGGGUUACAGGUGACAAAGGACCUGUCAAUCAUACCAAUUUACAGCAAAAACUCAGCAUCCUUCAGGAAACCAAAGAAUAUUUGUUGACCUUGACAAACUGUGAUAACACAUUCCUGUACCAAAGCCCAAGUGGCCAUGCAAUCCUUGGUUUGCUUGUAAACAUCACAUCUCUUAUCUCUCUUUUACCAAGUCUGCUGCUUACUCAGGAUUAUGUUACAACACACAGUUUCAGCACAGACCAUCUUAAAGUAUUUUACAAUGGAUUCAGAAAAGCAGGUGUAUUGGAUAAGGAGCCUACCUGCGAUGAUAUAAUAUGUUCCGUAAGACAUCUGCUGUCAAAGUGUUGUUUGCUGAACACCUAUUUGUAUUAUCAACCUUCAGAAAAUGUGAUCACAUUUGAUAAUAUAAAUGAAGAACAAAUUCCUUGCAACUUUAGGCAGCACCUCCCUCUUGUGCUUCAAGAGAACGGUGUCAUGCUUCCUGACCAUGUCUAUUCAUCCCAUGUACUGAACCUAAUGCUUCUGAAUUCAGAAAUGUACAUCACCGGCUGGGUCAUACGGAAAGCGUUUGGUGUGAUUUCCUGUAAUAAAUGCAGAUGGGCUCUUGUUACAGGUGACGGCCCGCAAGAUUAUAGGAAUGCAUAUCAUUUGUUGAAACUUAAGAAUGGCAGAGCUUUUGUACCAUCACUUGGAGCAAUCACAACCGUUCUUACUGCUGAGAAAGAACUUUACCGCAUGUUAAAAAAUGAUCAUUUUAAGCAAAGCUCUCUCCCUCUUUUAUUGGAGCAUCGAGUGCUUUCAAUACUGGGUUCAAAGGAUAUUUUUGACCUGAAAGAACACAUUUCUCUAACAGAGUGUGGGAUUAAUAACCAUUAUUUCCAAAUCCUGCGCUUUCUCACAUCUAUUUACUGUUCGUUGCGCCAUGCUUAUAUUAUUAGGCUAUCUGAAAACAGACAGUACAGACAUCAAGUGAAACAAAUUCUAACCAAAAACAUAGAGUAUUUCCUGUGACUGGCAGAAUCAGAAGUUGAUUCACAUCAUGACAAUCUGAAUUAGAGAACAUUGUGUACAAAAACUAUUAUAAAGCAAACUUGUAAAUAUAUGGAAAAAGCUUUACUUUAAUAAAUAUUUAACACAA